AUGACCGGUGACCUCAUGAUUGAGGUCACCGGUGACUCUAUGGCCGAGAAAGCCGAUGCUCUCUCGGCCAGAAUGAAAGAAGUCUUCCGGGAUACGGGAGUCGUCGUUCGCCGCCCGGCGCGCAAGGGUGACUUGCGCGUAUCGGGCUUCGACGACUCCGUAUCUCCGGAGGAAUUGAAAUCAGCUCUGGCUUUGGCCGGAGGUUGCCGAGAGGCGGAGAUCCGCUUGGGCAAAGCCCGGACUCUGCCUUCUGGCCUACGAGGGAUCUGGGUGCAGUGCCCCGUGGCUGUUGCCAAGAAAUUGGCAACAGCCCGCACUGUAAAG